UGCUCCUACAUCGUUUAGAAAUGCAACACCCCUUGGGCCCGGAGCGCUGUGGAGACACUUUUUUGUGAGCGGACGCAUCCUACAGGCCGCACACUUCCUUGCGCAGCGCCGUUGCCGCCCCAGUCCGGCCCUCUGCGCCGGGGUUGGCUGCAGGCGCGGUUAGGGGUGGGCAGGUCGAAGCCCUCGUGUCACAGCAGCCACCUCUGGGGAGGGAGACACUUGGGAGAGCCGCAAGGAGGCGGGGAGCGAGCGCAGCGGAGGAGCCGCAGCUUGUGGGCCAUGGGGACCCUGAAGGAAGAGCUGCUCAAGCCCAUCUGGCACGCUUUCACCGCCCUCGACUUGGACAGGAGCGGCAAAGUCUCCAAGUCGCAGCUCAAGGUUCUUUCUCACAAUUUGUGCACAUUGCUGAACGUUCCACAUGACCCAGUAGCCUUAGAAGAGCAUUUUAGGGAUGAUGAUGAAGGACCUGUUUCCAAUCAGGGCUAUAUGCCUUAUUUAAACAGAUUCAUCUUGGAAAAGGUUCAAGGAAACUUUGACAAAGUUGAAUUCAAUAAAAUGUGUUGGACUCUGUGUGCCAAGAAGAACCUCACAAAAAACACCUUGCUCCUUUCCGAUGAUGAUGCUUUUAAAGUAUGGGUCAUCUUCAAUUUCCUAUCUGAGGACAAAUAUCCACUGGUCAUUGUACCAGAAGAGAUUGAAUACUUGCUUAAGAAGCUGACAGAAGCCAUGGGAUUAGGCUGGCAUCAAGAACAGUUUGAACAUUACAAGAUCAGCCUAGAUACCAAUUGGGAAGGUCUCUCGGCUUGGCAAAUGAUUGAGCUCAUUGGAAGUGGUCGGUUUAGCAAAGGGAUGGAUAGGCAAACAGUAUCUAUGGCAAUCAAUGAAGUCUUCAAUGAACUUAUAUUAGAUGUAUUGAAACAGGGUUAUAUGUGGAAGAAGGGCCACAGAAGGAAAAACUGGACAGAACGUUGGUUUGUUUUAAAACCCAGUAUUAUAUUGUACUAUGUGAGUGAAGAUCUGAAAGACAAGAGAGGAGAGAUUGUACUAGAUGGCAACUGUAGUGUAGAGGCUUUGCCUGACAAAGAUGGAAAGAAAUGUCUCUUUCUUAUAAAAAGUUUAGAGAAAUGUUUUGAGAUUAGUGCCUCUGAUAAGAAGAGGAGGCAGGAGUGGAUUCAAGCCAUUCAGACAACUGUAAAUCUAUUGAGAUUAAGCAGCCCUCCACCUCACAAGGAGGCACGACAGAAACGUAAAGAACUCCGCCAGAAAUUACAGGCUGAACAAGAGGAACUGACAAGGCAAAUGAAAGAGCUCCAAGUGGCAAACGAGAAUAAGCAGAAGGAACUAGAGACUGUCCGAAAGCAACUUGAAGAAGCUGCAGCUCGAGCUUCAGAAGAGGAGAAAAAGCGCCUGCAGACUCAAGUGGAAUUGCAAGAUAGAUUUAGUCUUGAACUGGAAAGAGAAAAAAUGGUAAGACAGAAAAUGGAAGAACAGGUUGCCCAGAAGUCAUCUGAGUUAGAACAAUACUUACAGAGAGUUCAAGAGCUUGAGGAAAUGUAUAAGCAGCUACAGGAAGCCUUGGAGGAUGAGAAACAGGCACGCCAGGAUGAGGAAACUGUCAGGAGACUUCAGGCCAGGCUACUGGAGGAAGAGUCUGCCAAGAGAGCAGACCUGGAGAAAUGGCACUUAGAGCAGCAACAGACCAUUCAGGUGACCGAAGCAGAGAAGCAGGAGUUGGAAAACCAGAGAAUGAUGAAGGAAAACGCGCUUCAAGUUGCCAUGCAACAAUUAGAACAAUUGGAAUUGGAUAGGAAGCAAGCACUUGAACAGUACGAGGAGGUCAAAAAGAAGUUGGAAGUCGCAGCAAACAAGACCAAAAGUUGGAAAGAUAAAGUAGCUCAUCACGAGGGAUUAAUUCGAUUAAUUGAACCAGGUUCCAAGAAUCCUCACUUGAUCACAAACUGGGGACCAGCAGCCUUCACUGAAGCUGAACUUGAGCAAAGAGAGAAGAGUUGGAAGGGGAAAAGGGGCACUUCUGAGCAAUGAAUAUAUCUUAAAUAUUUGGGUGUGCAUGUGAAUGAAAAUGAAAUAAUUUUAUACCAGCUUUUUACUUAUCCUGAACGUUGGUUCAAGGUUUCUAGUUGGUUCAAGGUUUCUGUUCACAAUUUGUAAUGGAUGACAAAAUAUAAACUUAUAUACUGCA